AUGGCGACCGGAAAGAUCAGAAGAGUGGCUGUGAUUGGCGCUGGUCCAUCGGGAGCAAUCACAGUAGAUGCCCUGGCUCGAGAAGAGGCGUUUGAUCAAAUCCGUGUCUUUGACAGGCAGGAAGGCCCAGGAGGAUGCUGGUACGGAGAUAAGCUACCACCAGCUCCAUUGACUGAAUUUGCAGCGCUGGCUACGAGGACGGCAGAUCAGCCAGUACAAUUACCGGUACAGGUUCCAGGUCAUACUCCAAGAAACACUCAGCCCCGAUGGACAGACUCGUCGAUCUAUCCUUAUCUUGAGACAAAUGUUGAUGUGGUAACUAUGGAGUACACCCAAGAGCCUAUCAUGGGGGAGCUUUCGGCACGAACGAUUGAGUUGCAUGGUGAGAAAUCACCCUUUCGGCACUGGACUGUCAUGAGAGACUAUGUGACUAGUCUAUUCAAACGCAAUGGCUAUGAGGAUCUAGUAUGCUAUAAUACUCAUGUUGAAAGAGUGGAGAAGGUCGGUGAUGAGUGGAAAGUCACCUUGAGAAGAGAGGAAGGCGAAAAGGAUUACUGGUGGGUUGAGUGGUUCGACGCCGUGGUUGUCGCGAGUGGACACUUCAAUGUGCCUUAUGUUCCAGCAGUAAAGGGGCUAGAGGAGCUUGAGAACCAACACCCUGGCAGUGUUCUACACAGCAAAAUGUAUCGCGGCCGAGAUGCUUACGAAGGCAAGCGUGUCGUUGUGGUUGGUGGCUCAGUAUCUGCAGCCGACAUCUCUACAGACCUUGUUGGCGUGGUUGACUCCAAGGUCUAUGCAGUGGUCAACGGUCAUACCAUCAACGUUUACUUUGGAGACGGCGCAUUUAACAACCCAGGAGUCAUCAGGAAGCCAACUAUUUCGCAUAUCGACACCUCAGGGGGCCAACGCACCGUACACUUCAUUGACGGUACCUCAGUACAAAAUGUUGACCACAUCAUCUUUGGCACUGGAUAUUCUUGGAGUCUCCCUUUUCUGCCGGAUGUGAAGAUUAGAAACAACAGAGUCCCGGGCCUAUAUCAGAAUGUCGUCUACCAGCAAGAUCCGACAUUGCUAUUUGUCGGAGCAGUUGGAGCUGGAUUAACAUUCAAGAUUUUCGAAUGGCAAGCUGUACUCGCAGCAAGAUUGCUGGCUGGGCGUGCCAAAUUGCCGCCUCUCGAGGAGCAACAGCAAUGGGAGGCAGAACGCGUGAAGAAGAAGGGCGACGGCCCUGCGUUUAACGUCAUUCACCCUGACUUCGAGGAAUACUUUGAAACUGUCAGAGCUCUCGCUGGUCCAGGCGAGAAUGGCAAAGGACGACCUCUACCACCUUACAAGCCAGAAUGGUUUGAUGCAUUCAUGGACGGUCACGAACUGCGAAAGCAGAUGUGGGCCAGAAAAAACGCUGCUGCUGCAGAAAACAUUCAAGCACGAGAGAAUAUUCAAGCAAGGAUCUAA